AUGCAGACUCAAUAUCGCAGCUAUCCACAGCAAGUCCCCCAACGCUCUCCUCAUACUGCUAACCAGCGUCGGGGAGGUAUAGGCCCAAUGAUGUCGUCUGGUCCUCAUCCUUCUGUGCCAUUGACGCAAGCCCAGAUUGCCCAGCAGCAGCAGGCGCAAGCUCAUGCCCAUGAGCUUGCUAGACGUCGGAGCCGCAAACCUACUGACAAGAACAUCCCCGAGGGGGUAGAAGACAGCAUCAUCGACCCAGAAGCAGUUCAGAGAUAUAAAGCAUUGAGAGAUGUAGAAAGAACCCUUGACGCUACUAUAACUCGGAAGCGGCUUGAUGUAGCCGAGGCAUGCAGCCGCAGUAGCCACAAGGACUUUCAGCUCUCCAAAACGCUUCGAAUUUGGAUUAGCAAUACGGCUGAGGAUCAAUCUUGGCAAGCUACAGGGUUGAACGUUGACACUUUUGAUUUCACAUCUAAUAUGGAAGCAUCAUUUCGCGUCAAGAUUGAAGGACGUUUGUUAGAUGACGACGAAUACGUAAUUGGACAACCAAGAAGCGACGAUGUGAAGAUGAAACGCGAUGCCUCUCAAAAUAAUCGGGAGGUGUCAGAUCAAUCCCAAGCGAUUCAAAAUAGCUCUGCCGGUUCCGGUGCCGCGACUUAUCGGCUCUCUCACUUCUUCAAGUCACUCUCCGUCGACUUCGAUUGCGCUCGCUUUCGGAGCGGAGCCGGGCAGAAUGUCGAAUGGAAGAAGCCAGAGCCUUCAUCAAAAAAUCAGUCUGGGAGCAACACAACCUCCGCCUCUGACUUUGAUGAGCUUACAUUCAAGAGAAACGGUGACGAAAACAUGAACAUCAUGAUUAACUUGUACCGACAUGAAUCCCCUGAGCGGUACCAAUUGAGCCCUGAACUAGCUGAGGCCGUUGACAUGUCCGAGGCGACACAACAAGAGGCAGUUGCAGCCUUGUGGGAGUAUAUAAGAUUUUGGAAUCUCCAGGAGGAUGAAGAGAAAAGAAAUUUCCGUUGCGAUGAAGUCUUGAGAAAGAUUGUUGGAAGAGGUGACAUCGGCUACAUCCCAAUGUUGAAUGAGUAUGUGACUCAGCAUCUUCGGCCAUUACCGCCAGUCAGUUUACCAUACACAAUCCGUGUCGAUGAGGACUUCCACAAAGACCCCCGCGCCACGGUCUACGAUGUACAAGUUCUUAUAGACGAUCCUCUACGCAGCACACUACAACCUGUGGUCAACAAUUCACAAUAUACAUCAAUGUUAAAGGACGUAACAAUGCUCGAUGAUCAACUGGCUCGCUUAAUACAGGCCAUCGCAGUCUCAAAAGCGAAACACUCGUUCUUCUCGUUCCUGAGCGAGGACCCCGCAACCUUUGUCAAGAGCUGGCUCAGCUCCCAGAGACGGGACCUGGAGGUGAUUCUAGGGGACACUUCCAAGGGUGGGGGUGACGCUCUGGCGGCUGAUGAAUGGAGGCGUGGAGGUUCAAAUAGCGUUUGGGCAACACAGAACGCGCGUGAAAGUGUUAAUGUCCUGUUGUCCAGACAGCGCUAA